CUCCUGUAUCCGAAAAGAGCGCCCAAAACCGUGAGAACCCCCAGCAUGUUAGCAAGGCCCAGCCUUCUCUGCACACAAUUCUUACUCUCUCGAAAAGCUGCUUCUGCCUUAUCAUUCGCCGUCGUCUCCUUAUCUCCCAACCGCCGUCUAGCCAACUCCGACGCUACUACCCCGAAAGCUCCCACAGCUAAGAAGGAACGACCACCGACCGCCAUGUUUGAGAAACUCCUCCACCAAGGUCUUAUUUCCCAGAAGACCUUGGACGCUAUCCCGCAUACCCACAUGACGCCGGUUCAGGAGCAGACUAUGUUGCCCAUUUUGGAAGGGAGGGACUGUCUGGCACAAGCAAAGACCGGAACUGGCAAAACGUUGGCGUUCCUGGUACCCAGCAUCGAGAUCCUGCGGCGCAGACAGAAAACCUUCCCGGUAAACAAAGUCGGGAUCCUCGUCAUCUCCCCAACCCGCGAGCUGGCGAUGCAGAUUGCGAAAGAAGCUGAAAUGCUGACCAAAAACGACAAGUGGAUCGGGAUUCAAACCCUUGUUGGUGGUAUCGAUAUGAAGAAGGAUUUCCGCGCCUUGCAGGCCAAACCUUUUCAGAUCGUCAUCUGCACACCGGGACGGAUCAAAGCGCACUUUGAGGAAGGGACGAUGAAAGCGGACUGUAACCAACUGCAGGCUCUGAUUCUGGAUGAGGCCGAUCGGUUACUAGACCAAGGAUUCCGUCGCGAGAUUGAGAAGAUCAUAGCGUUCUUGCCUAAUCGCGCUCAGGUCCCUCGCCAGACGCUGUUGUUCUCUGCCACCAUCCCCCAGCAAGUCAAAGAAAUCGCAAGGCUUGCUCUCAACCCGAACUACGAGCACAUCUGCACGAUUUCUCCGGACGACACUGCUACGCACGACCAUGUAUCGCAGCAUAUCAUCUCAGCUCCCGACAUGGGCUCCGUACUUCCCGUUACUCUGCAACUGUUGCUCACGCUGCACCGGGAGCAAACAUCGAAAAUGGUGGUGUUCUUGCCCACCGCCCGCCUCACGCAGCUGUUCUUUGAGCUGUUCAAGGCUAUAACUCGCACGUCUGGCCUUCCUGAAUGCUUUGAGAUACAUAGUCGGAAAAGUCAAGCGCAGCGUACCAAAACCGCCGCGCAAUUCAAAGAUGCCAAAACCGCGAUCCUGUUCUCCUCCGAUGUCUCCGCCCGCGGAAUGGACUUCCCGGGUGUCCAAGCCGUCGUCCAAGUCGGCAUGCCCUCCGACCGCGAACAAUACAUCCACCGCCUCGGCCGAACCGGGCGCGGUGACAGCACCGAAGGCGAGGGAUACCUCAUCCUGGCUCCCUUCGAAACACCCCUCCUCAACCUCAUCAAAGACAUCCCUACCGAACCCCUCCGCAUUAUCCCUGAUCCGCACGCCAUAGCCGCUGUCGAACAGGCACUGGAUAUCGUCGACAUGCAGACAAAGCACCAGGCGUAUGCGACCUUUCUGGGAUACUACAAACAGAUGCUCGGGAAAGUCAAGUUGCGACCCGAAGCGCUUGUCGUGCUUGCCAAUGAGUGGGCGCGGACGUGGGGUUGUGGCAACACACCGCCGCCGAUGAUGAGGUCGACUGUGAGCAAGAUGGGGAUGAAGGGGGUCGCGGGGUUGAAUGUUGUUAGUCAGUUGCCAGGAAUGGAGAUGGGUAAUAGUGGUGGGGGAAGGGGGCCUGCGAGGAGUAAUGACAACAGGGCCCGUGGCGGUGCGCCGAGCGGUCCACCCUCCAAUACCAACAACAACAACAACAACAACAACAACAACAA